AUGAGCACUACGCCUAGCUCGAGUAUCUCCGUUGGCACAGAUAUUGAACUCGGCGACGCAUUACGUAAACAAGCUGAAGAAGAGGCUGCUUUGAAAUUCUUUUAUGAGGCCACUCUUGAUUUAUCGUUUGAUGACGCAUCCAUAUCAACAGUAAUACCAAUGAUAUCAUUAUUAACCCGCAAACUGCAAGUUCGAUCCGAAAACGAAAAUGAGAUAAUGAUCGAUAUGAAAAACUCACUAUAUGACACUCUGAAUACCAGAUUCUCUUAUAUAAAAAGGCAAACUUCAUUGAUGCCUGCGACAAUUCUUGACCCGAGGUUUAAAUCAAAAUACCUCAAUUCCGAUGAAUUGGAUCUUGCAAUGUCGGAAAUAAUAUCAUUUUUGACGGACUAUGACAACAAUUCCGCACUAUUCAGAGGCACAGAUAAUGUCUCCUCGGUGUCUACAGCCCCUUUAGUAUUGUCAACGUCCACCUCCAACAUACCGCAAGAUAAAGAGAGUCUUUGGGAUUCACACGAUAACAAUCCUAAUCAAAUGGAUUCAGCUGGAUCUGAAGAUCAAAAAUCUGUUCUGAAAGAAAAAAUUGAAUCUUAUCUGUCGGAGCCAUUAUUGCAACGGAAUGCCGAUAUAUAUUGUAACUGGAAUAGCAGUCCCUAUCCAACUCUGAGAAAAGCGGUUUUAAAGUAUCUUUCUGCUCCACCUACUAGUGUACCAAGCGAGCAACUGUUCAGUGCCGCUGGACAAAUUUACGCAGAUCGUCGAAAUAACCUACUUGGUGAAAAUGUUGAAAAACUGCUUUUUUCGGCACACAAUAUGAGACUUUUUAAUUAUGAAUACUGA